CUGGCUGGCCCGCUGUGCCCGCUGGGCUGCAGCGUGCAGCGUACCCGUAUGCAUUGUUCUACAACUUCGCCAUUGCCCCGAUCAUCCGAUUCGAAGGCAGAGAGCCUCGCAUCUGUGCGCGAACCGGUACUCAAAAUCAAGUGGCCUGUAUCAUGACGCGAGACUGUUCUCAGUUGCGCGAUGCUACAACUCGACCUGAAUCGACCUCACUGAAUUGGAAGCUGGGCAGCAGCGAGCCCCGGCUUCGGCCUGCGCACCGACGCUGUGGGCACCACGGGCGCCUACCAUCCUCCGCUCAGCCUCCACCGUCAUGGCGAACUUGCUGCCCAUCCUCUCUCAUUGUCGUCGAACGUUGUUCAACCGUCUGAUCUCCACGACGGCAGCGCGUUCAGCCGAUCCAUGGCUGCUACCGAACACACCUGAACACGUCGCACAGACAACAUCGCCCGCCAAUGCACCGCCGCCAGAACCCCUCCCGCGCCAGGGCGAGUCGGUCGACACGAUGCGUGCGCGGUUGGUGUACCAGGCGCGCAAACGAGGCACGCUGGAGAGCGACCUGGUGCUGAGCACAUUUGCAAAGGAACAGCUGGGCAGUAUGGAUGAGGCGGAACUGCGCGAAUUUGACAAGCUGAUGGACGAGCCUGACUGGGACAUCUACUACUGGGCUGCGGGAAAGAAGACUCCGCCGGAGCGGUGGGCGGACUCGACUUUACUGGAGAAGCUGCGCAUCCACGUCCGUAAUGAGGGCAAGGUCGUCAGGCGCAUGCCAAAUUUGUAACUUGAGUCGACUACUCGUUGCACCCACAAGAUGCUCAGGAAAGCAAGGAGUUACAUAGUAGCGACGAUAAUGUCAUCCGUUUUCCGAGAGACGUAGGGGCUUCCUGCAACAGUGGCGA